CCCGCGCCGGCCCCAUCUGUUUCCCCCGCGGGGCGAGGAUUAUAUUGUGCGGGCCUGGGGGCGGCCGCAUCCGCAGCGGCGGGAUGGGGCCAGCGCGCGGACCCCGCUGGCAGCGCGAGCAGCCGCCGCAGUGACCCGGCUGCGAGCCGCCGCCCCAGCUCAUGCCCGUGCCGAGCGGCCGUAGCCGCGGGAGCCACCAGCCACCCGGGGGCCCGGAGCGUUGAGGCGCGGAGGCGGCGCGGGCGAGUCCCGGCCGCCGCGCCCGGCCGGGAGAUGAGCCCGGAGGAGGGCGGCGCGGCCGGGCUGGGCGAGCUCCGCUCGUGGUGGGAGGUGCCGGCCAUCGCGCACUUCUGCUCGCUCUUCCGCACCGCGUUCCGCCUGCCGGACUUCGAGAUCGAGGAGUUAGAAGCAGCUCUUCACAGAGAUGAUGUAGAGUUUAUCAGCGACCUGAUUGCCUGCCUGCUUCAGGGCUGCUAUCAACGCAGAGAUAUCACGCCUCAAACAUUCCACAGCUACUUGGAGGACAUCAUCAACUACCGCUGGGAGCUUGAAGAAGGCAAGCCCAACCCUCUGAGAGAAGCCAGUUUCCAAGACCUGCCUCUUCGCACUCGUGUGGAGAUCCUGCACCGCCUAUGUGAUUAUCGGCUAGAUGCAGAUGAUGUCUUCGAUCUUCUCAAGGGUCUGGAUGCGGACAGUCUCCGAGUGGAACCACUGGGUGAAGAUAAUUCCGGGGCGCUCUACUGGUAUUUCUACGGAACGCGAAUGUACAAGGAGGACCCAGUGCAGGGAGAAUCCCAUGGGGAACCCUCUCUGAGCAGGGUAAGUGAAGGACAGAAGAAUGUCUCAAGUGUUCCUGGGAAAACAGGGAAAAGAAGAGGGAGACCCCCAAAACGGAAGAAACUACAAGAGGAGAUUAUAGGGAGUGAAAAGCAGGAAGAAAAGUCCUUGGCAUCUGAGCCACAGACAAGAAAUGGGUCCCAAGGGCCAGGUCAAGGCACUUGGUGGCUCCUGUGCCAAACAGAAGAAGAAUGGAGACAGGUCACAGAGAGUUUUCGGGAGAGGACCUCCCUUCGAGAACGGCAGCUCUAUAAGCUCCUCAGUGAGGACUUCCUGCCUGAGAUCUGCAACAUGAUUGCCCAGAAGGGAAACCGUCCACAGCACACAAAGGCAGAGUUGCAGCCCAGGUGGAUAUCUGACCACCUGUCCGUCAAAUCCAUCCAGCAAGAGGAGACCCCUAUGCUUACCAGAAUAGAAAAACAGAAGCGCAAAGAGGAGGAGGAAGAACGGCAAAUUCUUCUGGCAGUGCAGAAGAAGGAGCAGGAGCAGAUGCUCAAGGAAGAGCGGAAACGAGAAUUGGAGGAAAAGGUCAAGGCAGUGGAAGAUCGAGCUAAGAGACGAAAGCUCAGGGAAGAAAGGGCAUGGCUGCUGGCUCAAGGGAAGGAGCUCCCCCCAGAACUUUCCCAUCUGGACCCUAAUUCCCCAAUGAGGGAAGAAAAAAAGACUAAAGACCUCUUUGAGUUGGAUGAUGAUUUCACUGCCAUGUAUAAAGUUCUAGAUGUGGUAAAGGCUCACAAGGACUCCUGGCCCUUUUUGGAACCAGUGGAUGAAUCGUAUGCCCCAAACUAUUACCAGAUCAUUAAGGUCCCAAUGGAUAUCUCAAGCAUGGAGAAGAAGCUGAAUGGAGGUUUAUACUGUAGCAAGGAGCAAUUUGUAAACGAUAUGAAGACUAUGUUCAGGAAUUGCCGAAAAUACAAUGGGGAGAGCAGUGAAUAUACUAAGAUGUCUGAUAAUCUGGAGAGAUGUUUCCAUCGGGCAAUGAUGAAGCAUUUUCCUGGGGAAGAUGGAGACACAGAUGAAGAAUUUUGGGUCAGAGAGGAUGAAAAACGGGAGAAGAGACGGAGUCGGGCAGGGCGGAGUGGCGGAAGUCAUGUUUGGACCCGCAGCAGGGACCCAGAGGGCCCUGGCAGGAAACAGCAGCCGGCAGAGAACGGAGGAAAGGCGUUGCCGCCCACGCGUCGCGUAGCCACUUCUGGGGAGGACCAGCACGGCACCCCGCAGCUCCCUCGGGAGGUGGGCCCCAAGGGUGGAGUCUUUUCUCAUCCUCUGCACUAUGGUGGGAUGCCCAGCCAGGCACCAGGGUUAAACCAGAUGAGGCCAGCAGUACCAGGAACAUUUGGUCCUCUUCGAGGAUCAGAUCCUGCCCACUUCCAAGUCUCCUCCAGAGUGCCAGAACCUCGCCCUGGGGAGCCUGUUCAGCAGCAUCAGCCUUUGGCCAUGCAGCCUCCAGUUGGAAUUAACAACCACCGAGGAUCCAGGCUAGGAAUGACUGAAGAGAAGCAAGUGUGUGGUGGGCUGACACACCUUGCUAACCUGGGCUCACAUCCUGGAUCCUUGCCCCUGAGGCAGAUGAGUGGCCCCAGUCAGGAUGGAAAUACGUAUUCCCCAGCUCAAUUCCAGCCGGGGUUUAUUCCUCCCAGGCAUGGUGGGGCUCCAGCCCAAACCCCAGACUUUGCUGAAAGCUCAGAAAUUCCUUCUGGCCACAUGUACCGAUCAUACAAGUACCUAAAUCGUGUGCACUCUGCUGUCUGGAAUGGGAACCAUGGUGCUACAAACUCAGGAUCCUUGGGGCCAGAUGAGAAGCCCCCCAUGGGGCCAGGACCCUCCCACCACCCUCACACUCUCGGUCACAUGAUGGAUUCCCGGGUGAUGAGACCACCUCUCCCCACAAACCAGUGGAUGGAACAAUCAAGCUUUCUACCUCAUGGAGUUACUUCUUCAGGGUAUAUGCGACCACCCUGUAAGUCCGGUGGACAUAGGUUACAGGCACCUUCAGCCCCAGUGCCGAGCUCUCUGUUUGGAGCACCUGCCCAGGCUCUGCGGGGGGCGCCAGGAGGGGACUCCAUGAUGGACAGCCCAGAGAUGAUCGCCAUGCAACAGCUCUCCUCCCGCGUCUGCCCACCAGGUGUGCCUUACCACCCCCAGCAGCCAACUGCCCCGCAUCUACCUGGCCCUUUCCCGCAGGUGGGUCACUCAGCCUCAGGGCGUGUGUCAGCCCCCACGCCUGCCUUGGGGAACCCUGGGAGGAGGACGCAGGAUAACCCUGAGACACCAGAGCCUGAGGAUGACCAAGCAGAUCCCUUGCCCAGGCUUGAGGAGAAACCACAAAGUGUUGGUACUUCAGAGGGGGUGUACCUCAAACAGCUACCUCACCCACUGCCAACCCUGCAGACCGGCCGUCCCAGGCAGAGCUCACCACAGGAGAGGGAGAUGGAGUGCUCAGAGCUCAAAAGUGACGCCCUAGACCCUGGAGACAGCUGUAAAGCAGCAAAGAGCAAGACUGUCUGGUCCUCUGAGAGCAGCUGUACCGGCCCAGCAGCCCAGGGGUGUAUGAGGGACCUCUCCACUCUGACAGAUAGAGGGUCUCUCCCCGAAAACGGAGUGAUUGUUGAAGCGGCCCCUUGUGGGCCAGAGGGGAAGGGCCUUGGUGGUAAUGGUUCAGAAAAACCACUUGGCCCCAGGGGCAAAACUUUGCAAGAAACCAUGCCAUGUACCAGACAGAACCCAGCCACACCUCCCAGCACAGACCCCAGUUUGAUGGGAGGCACCGCAGGCCAGUUCUCUGCCUUGUACAUGCCUGGCCUGGAAUACCCGAAUUCACCUGUGCACUACCACGGCAGCCCAGGCCUGCAGGCUCUGGGCCCUCUCAUGGGAGGAAAGCCUUCCAUAUCACAUCCACAACAUUUUCCCACAAGGGGCUUUCAGCCUAACACCUCUCAUUCUGGACUCUUUCCCCGCUAUCGACACCAAGGAGUGAGGUAUACGUACCCACCACCUCAGCCUUCCUACCAUCACUGUCAACGGACUCCUUUUUACCCGUGUCCACGGGGCUUCUCUGACUGGCAGAGGCAUAUCCAUCCCGCAGGCAGCCUGGGUGGGCCACCACCCAGUCAGCCUCCCCAACCAGGGCCUCUCUUCUCAGAUAAGAGCGCCAUGACUAACCUGCCGGGCUGCGAGACACUGAGCACUGCCUUAAGCUCCCCAGCCCGCAUGGGCGCGGUGGCAGCCAAGGUGCUUGCUGCUGAUGGGCAGAACCCUGGUCCGGAGGAGAAGCUGGAUGAAUCUGUGGAGAGGCCAGAGAGCCCCAAAGAGUUUCUGGACCUGGAUAACCAAAACGCAGCCACCAGGCAACAGAGCUCAUUGUCCCCCUGUGGGUACCUUUACAGGGCUCCUCCACCUUUGAGUUCAGGGGCGGAAUUCGGUUCAUCCGCUUUCCCUCCCCACGGUGUGGUGCUCCAGGCAGGGCCUCCUUACACGCCUCAGCGGCUGGCUGGUCAUUUCCAGCCCAGGGCGUAUGCUUCCCCAGUGGCUGCCCCCCCACCUCACCAUCCGGCAGCCACCCAGCCCAAUGGCCUCUCUCAGGACAGCCCCAUCUACCGCUGCCAGGAAGAGGAGCUGGGUCACUUUCAAGCUGUAAUGAUGGAACAAAUUGGCCCUGGGAGCAGAAUGAGGGGAACUUUCCAGGAAAUGUACAGACCAUCAGGAAUGCAAAUGCACCCAGCGCAGUCCCUGCCCUCCCUCCCUGAGGCCCCGGCGCCCGCGCCACCCCAGGAGGAGCUGUCACCACGUGCGCCCCCGGUGCUUCCUCUUGGGCAGAGCUAGUCCAAGGAGGAAAUAUGCCCCACAGAAAUGGAAGCUACACAUGAAGCCCGGAAUAUGGGAGUUUGAGGAACAACCUCUGUGCCCCACUGCACCCUUCACAGGGCCUCACUUCACACCACCCAGGAGCUGGGGCCAUGCCUGGAGCCUGAGAGGCACACCUCUUAGAUGACUGGCCCUCAGCUUGCAAAGGUCCUGGUUGGGAUCUCUGGCAUGGCUGACAGCAUGAAUGAACUGGAAUUAGUGAUGGCUUUUCUAAAUCCAGAGACUCUUGUUCAGGAAAAAACAUCUUAAACUUAGGGGAGGGGCAGACUUAGGGAUGGAGUGGUGCCUGUAAACUUUGAUGAGCAGCUAAACUCAGGUAUAUAUUGGGGGAAGGGACUACUCAUAGUAUUAAUAUUUUUGGAGCUGGGUCCAGUUUACACAAUUUACAUGUUGCCUUUUAAGAUAAUUUUUGUUGGUGGUGAAUGUAUUGUACAUAAAGUGGGAGGGUGGGUGGGGGUGUGGAGGAAACAGAAGUCCUGACUGUGGUGGCCCAGCACUGGUGUGGUCCUUCACUUGUUUACAGUCCAGUCCAAUGAGUGCCCAUGGUUGCUGGAGAGGAGGGUCGGGAGGGUCUACUCCUGUGACUUGGUUUUGCCACCCAGCCACUCAGCCUCAGAGGCCUCUGCCCUCUUCUCUCGUGGCCCGAAUCCAGGAAGUAAGAUAGCAGUGCCCUUCCUCACUGCCACCAGCCCUACCAGGUAGUUGUAAACCAGUGUCAGGAAUUAGGGUCACUGGAGUGUUUUACUUACUAGAAGAUAAAUGAAUCGUCCUCCCCACAGACCAUCCUGGACUGUGAUCUGAAAGGUGUCACGCUUUCUGGCAUGGGUCACAUUUUGUGGAAGUGACUACUCAGGUUUGUAUAUGGUAGUAUCAAUAAAGAAAUUGCACAGUUUUGAAUAGGAAAAAUGUAUUCUGUAGAUUUACAGGUUGAAUUUAGAAAUAUUUCAGUAUAUAGGGUUUUUAUUCAUUUUAAGUGAAUCAGUAAAAGAAGUCAUGGUGAUUUAAAUAGCUAUCAACAAGUACUUGGAAAUCAUUUGUCAUAUCUGUGAUAGGAAACAAUUUUGCAGUAUUAAAUUAGUUACAGUUUUAGAAGUGAAUUACACUGGAUUCUCCCUUUUUAGCAUUCUGUAUUUGAUUUUAGCAGAUAUGCCACCAAAGUUAAGACUCACGUGUUUUAAACUUUUGAAUAUCCUAAAAGAAAAGAAAAACUAAGGAACAUGCCCUGAAUUCACAGAUUUUUGUAAAGAAUAGCAUAUUUUUAAGCAUGCCUUUGGAGUAAUAGAAAAACUCCCAUAUAAUAUUAAUCUGCCCUAGUUUCUUAUAAAUACAACCAUGUGAGGGGCCGAUUGAACCUUUCCUUCCAAGUCCAGCAUAAUCUACAAACCAUGGAACAGCCUGUGUAACAUGGGCUAAACAUACACUGUUGAUAGGAAGAGAGACACAUUGUGGAGACAUCCAUGUUGUGCACACGGACCAGCUCUGGCCUGGUGCAGAUUCCUUCGGAUCAGGUGAAUGCUCACAGACCUGGUGGUGGGGCCUGUGGCCCAGGCAGAAUUGAGAGCUGUAGGGAACACAGACACCCCCAAGACAGGGUGUUUCUCUAAUAGAUGUCAGUUUUAAAUUUGGUGUGCUUUUAAGUGGGGUCAGUUUGAGGCUGUUCUUAUAUGAUUCAGACCUACCUCUGGUGCAGAUGAGAAUGUCUGGGGCAGGUGUGGGGCAUCCUUGAGCUAGUGCAGACGCAGUGGUUGAAGCAGUCCUACUGCUGCUGUGCCUACAGAAGCAGAAGCAGGGAGGAGGAGAAGAUGGCUGAACCAGGCCCAGGCCCAGAUCUUUCUGCUGCAGGCAGCUGCUUACAGGAGAGCUGGCCUGAGCUGGGCAGCCUCUGGCACCUGUGUGUGGGAGCACACACGACAGGGCGUCUACCCUGGCCAGCACUUUGUGCUGAGUGACCCUGGGGCAUGAGCAGGGGGUCCAUAGGCAGUAGUUGGGCUACCAUGUACACUUCCCUCCUAUCCUAGUGGUAUUUGAGCAGCUGUGUACACACUGUUCGGGUGACCUUUUCUCCUCAGUCUCCCAUGACUGACCCCCGGUACAGUAAAUUCUCUUACCCCUAAUCUCCUUGGUGUGUAGAGAGAUGAGAAAGUCGAUUGAGACAAUAGCAGCCGGAGCUUCUGCAUCACACUAACACUGGGGACAGGGCGGCAGCUGUGUCCUGCGUCCCACGGGGGAUGGCUGGGCCUUCACACCCUGUGCAGGGUGUCCUGGGCUUUAUGGCCCUUGCAGUGCAGAUCUGCUAAAAGCAGGCAGGAGCCAUGCAGCCCAGUCUUAUCACCGGCUCUUGGAUCUGCACUCCACACCUUCUCUUCCUUUGGCAACUCUUGGCUCACGUGUCUCGGGAAGGCACAGAUGCCCUAUGGUCUUCUCCAUCAGAGGGGUGUGGUUCGUGGCACACUAAGGGGAAGAUAGGGGUGAGGAGGUCCAAAAAGCAAUGGCCCGUGGUCCCCAGAGGGGAGGUACAAAGUACUCCCCAGCCGUUCCACAUUCACAGCUAACCUUUACUGGGUUUGUUAAUAAGCUGGAAACUGCUUCCCAGAGACCUAAGAGAAAUAAACGAUCCAGAAAGAAAAGUAGAGCCUUUUGGAAGGUUUCUGGUUUGGGGUUUUGUUUUCCAUUCAGAGUCUGUUAUUUAAAAAGUAGCCAUUGGCUAAAAUGUAUUGUGGUAGAUGCAUGUGGAGAAUAAGGACAAAAGCACACAAAUUCCUGUUCAUAAAACUUUUCCAUCCCACGUUUUAAAAACAAAAAUAAAGCCCCUUUAUGUCCCCUGAACCAUGUUGGUUCGGUUCUGUUGUGUGCACACCCCAGAACCUGCUACCGGUGGUUUGGUCCCCAGUCAGCCCACGGCCAACCACUCUCAAAGGCAGCCUUCCUCAUGCCCAUCUUCCUUCUGUUUAUUGAGAACCUUCAGACCUGUGGGUAUGCCCCUUAUUCACUCAAACCUGAGCAUCCAGUGGCCAGUCACCCAGCUGCCCUCAGACCUUGAAAGUGCCUCCCGUGGCUCACGUCCCUGCGGCAUUUGUGUGCUGUGGUGCUUGGUAACCCCCCUGGAGUCUGGCCCUUGGUGCCACCCUCAGCACAUGUCAGGAACAAGCCUGCGGUCUGUGCACACCACUUGGCUCAACUUUGUUCUUUUUUUGUUUUUGAUGGAAGUUAAGAUCUAGAAAUGACAUACCACCCUUAACACCUGUUGAAGUUCAUGGAAGUCUUUACCCAGCAGUCCCAAGGCAAGGUCAGUAACAGUGUCAGAAUCCUAAGUUGCUUUCAGAGAAACUUUUCAAAGAAAUGAAAGGCUUGGAGUUUUCUAGCAUCAUUGGCCCCUUUGUCCCUGUCAGUUCACUCCCUGUGAGAUUGUGCACAGACCCCCUUUGCCAGAGUCAGCUCUGUGUGUGUGAAUGCAGCACUGCCCACCUGGAGCUGAGGCGCAGCGUCCCUGCAGAUAGCUCUCAGUUGAGCACUGCAUGGCAGAUACUUGGGAUUUGGGUUGAGCGCACAGAGAGAGGCUUUUGCUCCUGGGCUCACAGUCCUACCUAGGCACUAAGAGUGUGAUUGAGACCUGCUACACAGAGCGAAGCCAGGCCCCUGUGUUCACCCUGGGCAGGUUGCACUGUUCACCUUCAGACACUGAGCCAUGCCCUGCCUGCCCUUGGGAAGAACAGCCUGAGCAAACGUUUCUGCGUUCCGUCUCGUGUAAACCUUUGUCUACAGGCUCCCUCUCUGCUUGUAGGCCUUUGCUAAACACACACAUAGAGGGGCUGUCUCCCUGUCUGCUCUUUCUCUCCGUGUGCACAGGAGACUGACUGAGCUUCCAUGUAGAAAUGCCUGAUAUCCAGGUGACGUCCUGCAUGUGUUUCUGCAAAGAGGGGGGCUUAGGGGGUAGGGGUAUGGAUGCUGAGGAAGGUCAAUGUGCUCUACUCCUCUUCCCUGGCUGGGGCUGGGGGCCUCCCUGCCCUGCCUCGCGCACGGCUCCUGGGAGUCUGGGUCAUCCCCACACAGUGUCAGGGAUUCUAUCCUCCUGCUGCACAAACCAUGCAAACGUUCCUGGCCAGUACUGGGAAGGGGAAUGCUAUUUAUUUUUAUAUUGUGUAUAUUUUGUCGUGGUCUGCUGAGUCCCAUUUCACUGAGAGCGACACUUACCUCAAUAGUUAGUUCAAUAUUGUGUGUUGGGUAAUUUUUUAAAAGAACUUUUUAAGAAGUUUUUUGAUCUUGGAGGUCUGUAGAUUUAUUUCCAUAUGAACUCGUUAUUUUGUAUAAAGUACAUUCUUAAAAUA